GCUCCCAAUUGGAAUGUGAACUGCUCCCACGAAGGCAAAUGGGUUGUGUGUGCCAGCGAACCGCACGUCAUCGCUGGCAUUGACGUAGCAGAGCUGCGCAGAAAAAGACGAGACGGGGAACCGAUAGACUUCCACGAUGUCUUCAAGGACAACCUCACUUGGAAAGAGUGGCAGUAUGUGAAAGAGCACGGUCCCUGCCUUGACCGAGAGUACGAGGCCUUCUCGCGUUUCUGGUCGGCGAAGGAGGCCUUCGUGAAAGCGCGAGGGGAUGGUCUUGCCUACCCAUUGGGCAAGGCAGAGUUCCAUUGGAAGCCAAUUGACGGCUACGAGUUCGGGACUGCCUUUGAGGGCGACGUUCACAUAGAAGGUACGCACAGCCCGAAGUGGCGGUUCGUGCAAUAUAGGAUGCCCGGGGACUCCCCUCAUUGGACGACGGUUGGUAGAGGACCGUUGACCGACAUUGUAGACGCGCACGGGGAGUUCACGAAGACGCUACGGAAGCCCCAGGAGCUCUUCUCUGAACUUGAGUGGCAGGCCCACUUGGAGUCCCACAGCCCUCAUUUUGAUGUCCUUCCUGUGGGUGCUCUGGUUCCGCAGGAUAACAUGGAUGCGUAUGUGGCGGCCGGUGGCAUUCAAUUUCCUUGA